GCGCUGCAUGGUCGGACACACGUGCGUCUUCUGGCAGUGACACAAUAUUACUUAAUUUUUCACUUGGUAUAAUAGUUAUUGAAUAACAUGUUGAUCGAACCACAGUUAACGAAUACGAGGCUAGAUUUCGGCAAGCCUCCAACGAACCAAAAUCCCAUUUUGCAGUCCCUGGGGGCUCCGCACAUCGAUUCGUUCAAUUACAUGCUACAAGACGGCAUUUUUGAAGCUGUUGAAAAUCUUAUUCCAGUACACUUACUCCUUGCCAACGGCGAUAAAAUUAUCUUAACUAUUGAAGAUGUCUCUAUCAGUCCUCCAAGCUUACCUACCGGAACAAUUGGUGUUAAGACUCACCAAAUAUAUCCAUCUGAAUGUCGUCAAAGGGGAUCCUCUUAUAAAGGAAAACUCACCGCCAGGAUAGGAUGGUCUGUUAAUGGCGUACCUCAGGAAACCAUUCUUAAAGACUUAGGAACAAUUCCCAUCAUGAUUAAGUCAAAUUCUUGUAAUCUGCACAAAAUGAGUCCGUCAGAAUUAGUAGCGCAUGGAGAACAUGAACAAGAAUGGGGUGGUUACUUCUUGGUAAAGGGUCUUGAGAGAAUUAUCAGAAUGUUGCUGAUGACUCGAAGAAAUUAUCCUAUUGCCAUCAAAAGAUCGGGAUGGAAAGCUCGUGGAGCUCAAUUUAGUGAUCUUGGCCUCCUGUUGAGAAGUGUUAGAGACGAUAACACAGCCACUACAAACUCGUUGCAUUAUGUAACAGAUGGGACUGCUAAGCUCAUGUUCGCACAUCGUAAAAUUCUGUAUUAUGUUCCCUUAAUCUUGAUGCUGAAGUGUUUAGUUGAUGUCUCUGACAAAUAUAUAUUCAGUCAGUUGACUACUGGCUAUGAGGACGAUCUUUAUUUCACAGGUUGUGUGCUUAAUAUGUUGAGAACAAUACAUGAAGAGGGCUUGCACUCUCAUGAACAGUGCAAAGCAUAUUUGGGAAAAAUGUUCAGAAUAAAGUUUUACGAGGUACCACAGGAAUCCCCAGACUCUGAGAUUAGUGAUUUUAUCAUAAAACACUGUGUUGCUAUUCACCUGGAUAAUCCUAUGGACAAAUUUAAUUUAUUGGUAUUCAUGGCUCAAAAGCUUUUUAACCUUGCCGGUCAGAAAUGUGCAGUUGAAGGUGCAGAUGCUGUCAUGAUGCAAGAGUGCCUCCUUGGUGGUCACUUAUACUUACAAGUUUUGAAGGAAAAAUUACAAAAUUGGCUUUCAGUGCUCAAGUUAUGCAUUAUGAAGCGUCCUAACAGCACAAGUGAUAAAUAUAAAUUAACGUUACAGGAGAUGCUGGCAGCAUUAAAAUUCAGUGGUACCUUUGAAUCACAGAUGGAAAAUUUCAUAUCAACUGGAAAUAUAAAAUCAUCUACAGGACUGGGAUUAAUGCAGGAUACAGGUCUCACCAUAAUAGCGGAGAAUAUUAAUAGAAUGCGUUACAUGAGUCAUUUUAGAGCCAUUCACAGGGGUGCAUUUUUCCAAGAAAUGAGAACUACUGAAGCUAGGCAGCUGCUUCCUGAUGCUUGGGGUUUCAUAUGUCCUGUCCAUACGCCUGAUGGUGCUCCUUGUGGUUUGCUUAACCACUUGACAAUGAACUGUAUUGUGACAAAACAUGCAGAUAAGAAGCUGCAAGCUAAUAUACCAUCUGUGCUUCUUGACCUGGGGAUGAGCCCACUAGCUACCUCCGAAAAUAUUAGAAAUUCGUAUAUUGUGAUGCUUGAUGGAAAAGUGAUUGGCAGGCUGCAAGCUAACAUAAUAGAAAAAGUGGUCAAUAAACUUCGCAUUUUGAAAAUUGAUGGAAAUAAGGUGCCUCCAACAAUGGAGAUUGUUUCAGUGCUGAAGAAGGAUGGGCCAUCCCAAUAUCCAGGGUUAUUUUUGUUCACUGGUCCAGCUCGCAUGAUGAGACCUGUGAUGAACUUACUUGUUAAGAAAAUUGAGCUUAUCGGCACGUUUGAACAGGUCUACAUGAAUAUUUGUAUCACAACCGAAGAAGCUUACCCAGGGUUAACAACUCACCAGGAACUAUCAAAAACCAGUUUCCUCAGCAAUUUGGCAUGUCUCAUUCCAAUGCCGGACUGUAACCAGAGUCCCAGAAACAUGUAUCAGUGCCAGAUGGGAAAACAGACUAUGGGUACUCCAUGUCACACGUGGCAACUUCAAACAGAAACGAAAUUAUACAGGUUACAAACACCAGCAACACCGUUAUUCAGACCAGUGCAUCACGAUAAUAUCAACUUGGAUGAUUUUGCUAUGGGAACUAAUGCAAUAGUAGCAGUUAUAUCAUACACAGGCUACGACAUGGAAGAUGCCAUGAUAAUAAACAAAUCUGCCUAUGAACGUGGUUUUGCGCAUGGAAUGAUUUACAAAUCCGAAUUUAUCGACUUGAAAGAUCCAAAAAGCUAUUUUGGCCGGGAUCCCGAUAAUUCAAAACUUACAGAUAAAUUAGAUCCUGAUGGUUUGCCAUUUUCUGGGUCCACUAUUAGAGAAGGAGAUCCUUAUUACAGCUACUAUGACGUAGACAAAUCUCGUUAUAUGAUUGGUACAUAUACUGGUAAAGAAUUUGUCUAUAUCGACAAUGUAAAAUUAUGUGGUACUUUAAACACCAAGACUCCACGAAGAGCUUGCAUCACUUUCCGUGUACCUCGUAAUCCAAGUGUGGGGGAUAAGUUUGCUUCGCGAGCAGGGCAGAAAGGUAUUUGCUCACAAAAGUGGCCUGCAGAAGAUUUGCCAUUUACUGAGACAGGAUUAAUUCCAGACAUUGUAUUUAACCCACAUGGUUUCCCUAGCCGUAUGACUAUUGCUAUGAUGAUUGAAGUCAUGGCUGGAAAGUCAGCAGCUGUGCACGGCUUUGUCCAUGAUGCGACACCAUUCAGGUUUACAGAGGAGGAUACAGCUGUAGAUUACUUUGGAAAACUGUUAGAAGCUGGUGGUUAUAAUUAUUAUGGUACUGAACGAAUGUACUCUGGCAUCGAUGGGCGAGAAAUGACUGCUGACAUUUUUUUUGGAGUAGUACAUUACCAAAGGCUUCGGCACAUGGUGUCUGACAAGUGGCAGGUGAGAAGUACUGGACCAGUUGAUGUACUGACCCGACAACCAAUAAAAGGACGUAGAAGAGGAGGUGGUGUGAGAUUUGGGGAAAUGGAACGAGAUUCUCUCAUCUCUCACGGAUGCUCCUUCUUACUUCAAGAUCGGCUAUUUCAUUGUUCUGAUAAGAUCACUACACUGGUGUGUCAGAAAUGCGGGACUUUGCUUGGUCCUGUAACAGAGUUGGUAUUGAACAAGAUGGGAAUGGGUGAUCAAAGGACGAGGUGUCGCUUGUGCAAAGAUGAUGGGGCAGUAGGUGAAGUGGAAAUACCCUACAUAUUUCGAUAUUUAGUCACACAAUUAACUUCGUGUAACAUAAAUAUCAAACUUGCGAUUAGUGAAAAGUGAUGUAUAAAGUGAUUAAUAAAUUGUCAGACAAUCUGCCUGUUAUGAC